AUGAAUGCACAACCUAUUUUACAUGAAUAUGGGUUGUGGAACGAGGACGCCGUGGCCCUGAUAUUUGGAUUAAAAACGGCAAUCAAUAACGAAAAGAAUGGAUCAGGUCUGACAGAUUCGGACAAUGCACAACAGUCUAGCAGCAUAUCACCACAUGAAACUACUGAACCCGAGUUGGAGCAAUCUUUUCCUCGCUACAGGACUCACAGGUUAUCAUUUAAAGCUACUAAAACCGCAUCGGGGCAAUCUCAACAAGUGGCAUCCGAAUCAAAUCUGCCUGACAGUUCACCACAUGAAACUAUUGUACCCGAAUCGGAGCAAUCUCAACAAGUGACAUCCGAAUCAACUCAUCCUCCACAAGUGAUGGUUGAAUCAAAUCGGGUUGGUGGUUCACCACAUAAAACUGCUAAACCCGAAUCGGAUCAGUCUCAAGGGGAAAAAAAAUACUCACACUCGGGGCUUCGCUCGCCAUAUCGACACUUUGAUAUUUCUUCAUAUGAUUUAUUAAAGCAUAUACCUAAAGACUCGAAACAUUUCUACUCCAACUAUGGCAAGGAAACUUUGGAAUAUGACAGACGUGAUAGGAGGAGAUUCCAAGCCUUGAUGCACUCACUUUCAUUUCCGCCCAAUCUCAUGUUACCAAGUGGUCGAACUACUGUACUAAAAGAGGUGCUAUUUCCUGCAUCACCAGAUGUUAUACCUUCAAGUAUCUGGAAUGUAUAUGUUUCCAGGUCUUCUAGAAAACAUUUGGAUACAUUCAGGUCUAUCCAGGAUCUUUUACAUGUUUGCAGUGUCGAGGCUCAGAUUUAUAUAACGUCUGUAUGGGUAUUUGGCAACAGCAUACAGGUAUGGAUUGAAGCGUUUCUUAAAAAGGUACGAUCUUCAACCUCAUCCUCCACUGAAAGAUACGAAGCGAUGAGAGCGAAACUCGAUGCUUUUCUCUCCAAAAUCUUUAUCGGAUCGUGGCAGAUGGAAAACAUGGCGCUCACCUCUGUGUCCAUGCUAAAAAACCAAAAAGAAACCAAAAUUGAAACCAUUCAGGAUGUUGGUGAUUCUAUUGAAAAGUUUUAUCUUGACUUGUCAGAGGCCAUAACAGAUUUCAAGAGCGAUAUUCGAAAGCUUGGCUAUAGUCAUAUAUCCAUGCCGAGUGCAUCCAAACUUUUGGAAUUGGUGAGACUGUUUCGAGAUGAUGCAAAGAUUUUAAUGGAAUUGAUUAUCAAAGCGUUGAAGGAUAACCCCGAAGGGGGACGAUUAGGACAACUGUUUUCGUCGGCAAAAAAGACAAUCGAAAAGGCAGUAGAACGCCUCGACCUUGAAAUGGCCAUAAACAAAUAA